AAGUUAGACCAGCAUUGCAUUAAAAGUCAGAAGACUUGUUACACCUUAACAUAACCUCUAUCUUAUCUUCGGAUUAGCGGAUUAGUAACCGUUUUUGCGUUUUUCAUUUAGUCCAUCAAUAAAAACCUAAAAAUGAGUCACUUUAUGUCUCCCAUGCCCAGUCGCGAAUUCUUAUGGGAUGUAUUUCAAAGAGUUGACCGUGACAGAAGUGGUUAUAUUAAUGCUGAUGAGCUUCAAUUAGCACUGUCUAAUGGUACUUGGAGCCCUUUUAAUCCGGAAACAGUAAGAUUGAUGAUUGGAAUGUUUGAUAGGCGUAAUAGAGGCCAAGUUAGUUUUGAUGAUUUUGGCGCCUUGUGGAAAUAUGUUACAGACUGGCAAAACUGCUUCCGAUCAUUCGACCGUGACAGCUCUGGAAACAUCGAUAAACAAGAACUCAAAACAGCCUUGACUACUUUUGGGUAUCGAUUAUCAGACGGUCUGGUGGAAACAUUAAUUAGAAAAUUUGAUAGACACGGAAAUGGCACGAUUCUCUUUGAUGAUUUUAUCCAAUGCUGCAUUAUUUUAUAUACACUCACUGCAGCGUUCAGACAGCAUGAUACUGACCAAGACGGUGUGAUCACCAUCCACUAUGAACAGUUCUUAAGCAUGGUAUUUAGUUUGAAAAUUUAAGAUAUGGUUGCCUUUCAAGUGUGAACCAACUAAUGUUUCAGGCGACAUUCCUUGUUAUACCCAAAUCGUAAGGUGCCACAAAAUUUCAUAAUUACAAGAUUAAGACAAAAUUGCGCUGUCCUAUUGGUUAAGUCAAUAUAUUUAGUGUGCUAAAAUUUCUCGUUGUCAUUCGAUAGCUUAGAUUAAAUCUCAUUUUUCAUAUUCUGAAUUUGUUAUUGCCGGAACAGGUAUUAAUAUAUUCCUAUUAAUGGAGAUGUUGUAUUUUAUGUAUUUUUCUAUAUUCUGUCUCAUCAAUUAAAAUGUUAGUAAUAACAA